AUGGCUCAACGGACCAUAGAGGACACUGAGCAGGGCAUCCCACUACGUGGAAACUCCUUCGAUGGCGAGGAGGAGGGCGACUCUCUUGUUGGCCGUGCCCGCGCCAGCCCUCAACGAAGCUCCUUGUUGCAGCCGCUGUCUAUCGCCGACAUUAACAACAAUGCGCCUGUCUCGGUCCUGGCCUACUGCAUGGCAUCCAUCUCCAUGACUGUCGUCAACAAGUACGUCGUAUCGGGAGCCUCAUGGAACCUGACCUUCUUCUAUCUGGCCGCCCAGGCCAUCAUUUGCAUCGCCGUCAUCACCAUGUGCAAGCAGGCCGGCAUGAUCAAGUCUCUGACCCCGGUCACCCUCGACAAGUCCAAGAAGUGGUUCCCCAUCUCGUUCCUUCUUGUCGGUAUGAUCUACACGAGCACAAAGGCCCUGCAGUACCUUUCGGUCCCCGUCUACACCAUCUUCAAGAACCUGACUAUCAUCGCCAUUGCCUACGGUGAGGUUUUCCUAUGGGGCGGCGAGGUCACCCGCAUGGCCACGGUGGCCUUCUCUCUGAUGGUUUUAAGUUCCGUCGUCGCUGCCUGGGCUGAUAUCCGGAACGCCUUGGCCGGCAACAUGGACGACGAUUCCAAGGACGCGAUCGCGAUUCUCAAUACUGGCUACAUGUGGAUGGCCCUAAAUGUUGUCUGCACCGCCACCUACACCCUUAGCCUCCGCAAGGUCAUCAAGAAGAUGGAUUUUAAGGAUUGGGACACCAUGUACUAUAAUAAUCUACUCACCAUCCCUAUCCUUAUCGUCGCCUCCCUCCUUACCGAAGAUUGGGGUUACAACAACCUCGUCAAAAACUUCCCAGAGGAACAGCGCGACCGUAUUUGCGUGGGUAUUGUCUACUCCGGCCUCGCCACCAUCUUCAUCUCCUACUGCUCCGCCUGGUGCAUCCGUGUUACUUCAUCCACCACAUACUCCAUGGUCGGGGCUCUCAACAAGCUGCCUAUCGCCAUCAGCGGCCUCAUCUUUUUCUCCGCCCCUGUCACCAUCGGUAGCGUCUCUGCGAUUGCCCUGGGUUUUGUGUCCGGCAUAGUCUACGCUUUUGCUAAGAAGUGGGAGACUGACGCUAAGAAGGAGAGCCUGCCCACCGAGGAUGACGAUAACAAUGGGAGCAGCAACAGCAAUAGCGUGAGGCCAUGA